AUGUGGAUACCAUCCAACAACAAAUACGGCGUCGCCAUCCACAAUUGGCAUGGCGAUGUCCGAUUUGGACUGCCUUUGGACGUUGGCGACUCUGUGGAUAUUGUGGAGGAGUGCAAGUAUUGGUAUCGCGGCUCCUGUCCCCGCAAAUCUCGAGCCGUUGGACUCUUUCCAAAAACCUAUAUACACAUCAAGGAUCUGUCUAAAAUUGAUCCCGUUGUUGCCGAGUGUACACAGGUCUUACGCGAAUGGUCUGAGAUCUGGAAACGACUCUAUGUGGAUCGUGAGGCGUACAAAUUCCAAACGCUGCGCAAGGUUAUGUUUUCCAUAUUGGAGAGUCGACGGGAAUUGUUGAGCGCCACAAUGACACAGGAUCAGACGAUCGAGCUACAAAUGGUUGUGGUAUCGAAAAUCGAUUGGGGUAAUCGCAAACUGGGACUCGAUCUGGUUCCACGCGUGGGUCCACUGGCCGUAGAUCCUCAUGGCAUUGGCAUUGUGAAGCUCUACAAUGUGCACGUAAGCAGUGCUGAUAAUGCCAAAGCCUCCUCGAGCCGUGGUACGCUGCGAAGAAAGACACAGCGCAAGAUCCUAAGUCAUCAUUUAUACUUUUGCAUGCGGGACUUUGGACAUCGCAUUGGGGGCGAUGAUGCAGAGGUCUAUUUCUUUCUGUACGAUGGCAAUCGCAUGCGUCCGCUAUCGGAGCGGUUUCUUGUAAAGAUCUCCAAGGAUGGUUUCUCCAAUUACAUCGAGAAGUUGCACAGCAAUUGCUCGGUCUUCACUGAUCUUGGUGCCGCUGAUCUCAACGAGGAACUUCACCUGGUGGCCGUAGUUAUGCGCGUGGGUAAAAUCAUACAAUCGGAUUCGAUUAAGAAGAUUGAGAAGAACAGCUCAACCAAUGCUAGUGGCGCCACCUAUCGUCGUCCCUUUGGCGUGGGCGUACUUUCGCUGGGCGACAUCUGUCAGAUGGACAGCAGUCUGGAGCAGCAGUCUUCGGAGGAGCGUGAAUAUAGCUUCAAGCUGUACCAGAGUGAGGAGAAAGACUUUCAUUUGCUGCCCGAGCUAAUCAUUAAGAAAUCGAGCGGAAAAUUCUCGCCCAUUCAGCCGGGUAAUCAAAGUACUCAGGGAAUUGUGGUAUCCCUUAAGUUGCUGCACGGUGGACUGGGUCAGGCACGUCAGGAGCAGCCGCUGCUCUUCCAGGGCACAACCAUUACACGUAAAAUGGGUUUCCCCGAUGUUAUCAUGCCCGGCGAUGUACGCAACGAUCUCUUCCUGACCCUGGAACGCGGUGAAUUCGAGCGAGGGGGCAAGAAUACGGGAAAGAACAUUCUGGUCACCGUUGUGGUGCUCGAUGUGGCUGGCAAUGUGCUCACCGACUGUCUGUGGGGUGCCUCUGGCAUGGACGCAUUGCCACAAUACCGCUCCAUGAUACUCUAUCAUCAAAAUGCGCCCAGCUGGAAUGAAAUGCUCCGGUUGAGUGUGCCCAUCGAUAAGUUUGCCACCGCCCACGUGCGCUUUGAGUUCCGACAUUGUUCGACCCGCGAAAAGUCGGAGCCCAAGCUGUUUGCAUUUAGCUUUGCCCGUCUCAUGGAUACCAGUGGCGCCACCUUGGGGGAUGGCCAGCAUGAGCUAUUUGUCUACAAAUGCGAGGAUCCGGCCAAGCUACAGGCGGCCAGCUAUUUGCGACUGAAGUGCCGACCCAGAGAUGCGCAGGCCAAGAUGGAUUGCAGCGGAUGCUUUAGUCGCAGCUCCAAGGAGGUUUUCGUACUCCGAUCGCUUCUGUGCUCCACGAAAUUGACACAGAACGCGGAUCUGCUGUCGCUGCUGCAGUGGCGUGCACAUCCCGACACCAUUCAGGACUCGCUGACGGGUGUGCUUCGGCUGAACGAUGAGGAGCUGGUUAAGUUCCUGCAGGACGUGCUGGACGCACUCUUUGCCAUGUUCUCCAACGAGGAGGGCAACAGCACGCAGCAUUCGGGCCUGGUCUUCCAUGUGCUAGUAAGCAUCUUCAGUCUGCUGCAGAGCAACAAGUUCCAACACUUUCGACCCGUGAUGAACGAGUACAUUGAGAAUCACUUCGCUGCCGCCCUGGUCUACAAGGGUCUCAUCACAUCCGUUGAGCACAUGGCCGUCUUCAUGACCAAGGCCGAGCAUCCGGAUCCCUUUCAAAAGUGUUUCGGCUCCUUGGAGUACAUCUUCAAGCUAUUGAUUCAAUCGCGUCGGCUUUUCGCGCGUGCCACUGGAGGGCAGUACGAGGACUCCUUUAGACGAGAUCUGCAUUCGCUCUUUACGGCGUUGAAUGGCAUGUUGGCAGUGCCAUCUUAUGAUGUCAUCAUACCCACCCAAGAGGCGUUGCUCAACUCCACAGGCGUUGUGCUGGAACAGCUUAAGGAUACAUUGCCUGCUCCAGAGCUCGGAAUGCUCGCUCGCAACAUGCUGGAUGCCAUACCACGCGGUGCACCCAAUCGUCUCAUCCAGGCCAAAUUGCAAGCAGUCAAGGAUCUGGUUUCCGGGGAGCUCUUUCACGAGGAUGAUUCACGGACCGUUGUCCUGUCGGUGGCCUGCAAACAUCUGCGGAUGCAUCUGAGCCGCCGCGAUGAGCUGCGUCUCUGCGCCGAGAUUCUCUCGGAGAUUCUAACCCAAUUGUACGAGCUGCAGCGGGAACAGCGUGACAAGGUGACCAAUACGCUGCAGCACGAUCUGGACUCGUUGUGCAAGAAUAUCCUGGGCAUAUUGAUACGAACCAUAAGCAUUAUUUGGGAGGGCUCGAAUGCGGUGCUUCCACAAUUGGUGGCGUGUCUGUUGGGACUGUUGCAGCUGCUCGACGAGACGCACUACAAACGCUUCUGGGACGAAUUGACCCCCAACAAGGAUCCUCGUGACAUAAAGGACUUUCUCAGCAAGUCGCUGCUAGUGUAUGAGGAGCUACUGACUCAAGACUGGCUUGUUUAUCCCAAUGACUGGCUGGUCAUGAAGCUGGCCGCCAAUGAUGUGCUCCGCAAGUCCCUAGAAGAAUUUGCCAAGCCGCUUGUUUAUCGCUUCCUUGGACCACAGGCCUUCGACUCACAGCUCUGGUGGAGCUACUUUAGUCUGGCGGUCACAUUUCUCACACAACCCUCGCUACAGCUGGAACAGUAUAGGGAGCCCAAGCGGCUUAAGAUACUGCACUCUCACGGCGAUAUGCGCGUCCUGAUGGGCUUCCAAAUACUCAGCAUGUGGUCGCAGUUGGGCGAACAAAAACUACACUUCAUACCCUCAAUGGUUGGUCCGUUCCUGGAGGUGACUCUGGUGCCGGAGCCAGCACUGCGCAAGGCCACACUCUCCGUCUUCUACGACAUGAUGCAGUGCGAACAGGCCGCACGUGGAUCCUUUCGUCUGGUGGAGAGCGAGCUCAUUGAUAAGCUGGAUCUGUUAAUCAGUGAGAACAAAGGGGACGAUGAAUAUCGGGAGCUUUUCAGCACCAUGGAACAUCUCAGCUUGGUUUUGCUGGAGAAGGUGCAAGUGGAGAAUCCGAACUGGAAGGAUGCGGGCACGGCGUUUAUUGGGUCCGUAACUCGGCUACUGGAGCGACUCCUUGACUAUCGCAGUGUAAUGCAGGGAGAGGAAAAUCGGGAUAAACGCAUGACAUGCACUGUCAAUCUACUGAAUUUUUAUAAAAAUGAAAUCAAUCGCAAGGAAAUGUAUCUGAGAUACAUCUAUAAGCUGCACAAUCUGCAUCUUCAGGCAGAGAACUACACGGAGGCGGGCUACACUCUCAAGCUGUAUGCCUCCAUGCUCAGCUGGGAUCGAGAGACCCAAAGCUUUGCACCCUUCGACAACAGCGGACAGCCGGAGUGGCAGCGUAAGGAGCGUCUUUAUCAUGAGAUACUCAAAUACUUCGACAAGGGCAAGUGCUGGGAGAAGGGCAUUCCGCUCUGCAAGGAGCUGGCACAGCUCUAUGAGACGCGUCGCUUUGACUACAACAAACUGAGCGAUAUUCUCAUAUUGGAGGCAAAGUUCUUUCAGAAUAUAUUGACACAGCUGAGACCAGAGCCAGAAUACUUUCGGGUUGGCUUCUAUGGCAUGGAGUUGCCGCUCUUUGUGCGGAACAAGCAGUUUGUCUAUCGGGGUCUGGAGUACGAGCGUAUUGGCGCCUUCACACAACGCCUGCAAACGGAGUUCCCAAGCGCACAAAUUCUGGCGAACAAUAGUCCACCGGAUGCAGCCAUAUUGAAUGCACCGGAACAGUAUAUCCAGAUUAGCAAUGUGAGACCCGUGGGCGAUGCGCAGGCGCUGAAAACGGCCAUGGUGCCGGUGCCGGAGAAGAUCGCACGGUUCUAUGAGGUGAACGAUGUGACACGUUUCAUCUAUGAUCGGCCAAUGUACAAGGGUCCCAUUGAUAAGGACAACGAGUUCAAGUCGCUGUGGAUCGAACGCACCACGCUGGACAUUGCCAGUGCCUUGCCCGGCAUCCUGCGCUGGUUCGAAGUCAAGCAAAAGUCCGUGCAGGAACUGACGCCGGUGGAAUAUGCCUGCGAGAUCAUCAGCAAUGCGGGCAAAGAGCUGGCGGAUCUAAUCGUUCAGUAUCGACGCGAUCCGAAGCGCAACAUCAAUCCGUUCUCGAUGCGUCUGCAGGGCACCAUCGAUGCCAACGUGAUGGGCGGCAUUAGCAAGUAUCAGGAGGCGUUCUUCUCCGAGCACUUCAUCAAGUCACCACAGGGCGCCGGCCAACAAGCCAAUGUGCAGCGAUUGAAGGUUUUAAUUUUGGAGCAGAUACAGAUUCUUGAACAGGCACUGGAGCUACAUGGCCAAUUGGCACCUGCGGGUGUUCAGCCGUUACACAAUCGCCUGCUGGAGCGUUUCUCUCAGUUGAAGCAAAGUCUUUCAGGAAUGGGUCGUCUCAAGCGUCAGCCGUCCGAGAGUAUUGUUAACACGCCGCUGCCGCCACUGCCAACAGAGCAGCGUACAGCUGCCCAGAACAUGGCCAGUGGUAAUCCGAAUGCCAACUAUGUUUACGAGCUGGAUGAGAUCUAUACGCGCCCCGGCGACACACUGCGUCCGGUGGAGACAAUGAAUUCCUAUCAGACUCUCAGCAAGGAAAGCCUCAGCAUACCACUGCCGCUGACCGAGCCAAGCGAGGCGCCGCCAGUUCCGAAUCGUCCACGCUCUCAGAACUUUGUUACAAACGGUGCCAUGGACAGUCCGGAGGUGCCGCCAAAGCGUCAACCGACAAUCAAUUCACCCAAUGCGCCACCAUUGCCGCCUCGCGGCAUUACGCCGGAUAAGCGCGCCUCGAAUCCAUUGAUAUUCAAUGACUUUGGCACCUCCACAGAUGCCGCUGCGAGGCGUCAUUCGGCGCAACAGCAGCACGGCCAAAAGUACUCCGUGGUGGAUAUUAGCUUUGAUGAUCCCGAGGCGGAUCAACAGCCGCACUCGUUGCCACAUAAUCUGCAGGACGCUGGAAGCCAUCUGAAUGUAUGCUUUGCUCCCAAUGACUUUCGUGAUUCGGGCAUCUCCACGACCAGCUCACGGGAGCUCAAUCAACUGAACAAUUUGAGCGAAGAGUCAUCCUCCAUCUCAUUGAGUACGGUCCAUCAUCGGGAGCACUGUCGCAUUAGCUCCAACGGCAGCCUGGACAUGCACUUGCAUGGGGGAGCAUUAAACAUUACGCAACGUGAAAGCUCCACCAGUUCCUUCGAUGUGGAAGAUAUACCCGUACCGCCGCCACCCAUACCACCCAAGUCGCUGGGCGUGACGGCGAAUGGAUUAAGCGCCUCCAUGGCCAGCGACGAGGCACAUUCACCAAACACACAUCCAUCUCUUAAUCAUUCCAUCAACAAUCACAAUCAUCUUCAACAGCAACAUAAUGGCGCCGGCAAUGGCGAUGGCGAUGGAGAUGGCUAUAGCUCUCCGCAGCAUCAGACGAGCAAUGGGAAUGGGAAUGGGAAUAGUCUGACCGGGAGCACAAUGGUUGCACCAGUGUCAACAGCUGUUGAGGCAGCCACAUCUUCAUCCAGUCAUCAUCACGAUGGCGGCACCUUUUGAGUUACAAUAUGUCGCUGCCAUCAUCCACCCGAUCAGCCGCAUCAGCCACACAAACCAUCCUCAUCCACAUCGACCUCGAGCAGUAGCACGGCAACGGAAAGUGCCACUGAAAGCACUGAUUCCAGCUCGUCCACACAAUCAUUAACGCCACCUCCACCGCCACCGCCCCCGCCGUCGUCAUCGUACAAUCAUUAUCAUUCAACUCAUGGACACACACAUGCUCCGACACCUGGUCCUGCGGCGCACUACUGCCAAGAGUGUCUGUCGUCGCCAUCGCCUACGCCGACAGUCAUCACAGAACAGGCUCUGGUGCAUGCAAACCCUGCUCCAACGGUGGCAGCCACACGACAUCCUCAUAUUGAGCAUUGUUCCUGUGGCCUCAGCUUCUCCGUGCAGCAUCAGCUUCACCAGGAGCAGCCCUCAUUGGGCUACCAAAUGGAGCAACAGGUCGGUUGCCAACAUCAUCAUCAUCAUCAUCAUCACCAGCAGCAGCAGCAGCAGUUGCAAUCCCAGGCAUAUAGUCCGUAGGCCCAAACCGUCUUUUCUUAUGUGCAACGUUAAGCAAAUGCGAAUUAUUCAGUUAGAGAUAGAAAGUAAAUUGUAAUGUGUCGAUAUUAACAUACUUAUACAUGUAUAAAUUAUUUUAUUAAUUAUUGUAAUUAUUUGUUUGGUGCCAAAUGAUCGCUGCAAAUCCAAAGCGCAAUGCAAACGCAAGUUGUAAAAAUAGGUUGCUUCAAGAAUUUCAUAAUUUAAAUUAAUUGAACAUUAUUUAGAAAUAUUUUAUUUUAAGAAAAUAAUUAUAAAAUACAUUUACACGAAUAUUUAAACGGGGAAUUGUCGCUAAAGUUACUAAAACAGUUCAAUAAAGUGAAUACUAGGAAACGAUGAUGAUCAAAA